AUGUCUAGAGAUUGUUGGUCUAGAAAAAAGUCUGUUGAAAGCAAUGUGGCAAUAUCCAAAAAGAAGAUAGAGGAUGAAUGGGAUGCAGAGAUCGGCAAUACGACAAUCAUGCCUGGCAAUAAGUCUGAUACAGUGUCGCUACAUAAUGUUUAUCAUGUACUGGGUAUAAAGAAGAAAUUGUUGUCAGUGUCACAACUAACAACAUCUGGAAGCUAUGUCAUGUUUGGGCCAGAAGAUAUAAAAGUUUAUCAAGAUGUUAAGAUAAUAGGAAAGCCAACAAUAGAAGGACGAAGAGUGGAGUCUGUUUAUGUUCUAUCUACAGAGUCUGCCUAUGUUGACAAGACUCGAAAGAAUGAGACGACAAAUCUAUGGCAUGCAAGAUUGGGACAUAUUAGUUACCAUAAAUUGAAGCUGAUUAUGGAGAAAUCCAUGCUCAAAGGUCUAUCUCAACUUGAAGUCAUAACAGACGUUGUUUACGCUGGAUGUUAA